UCGCGCAAACGUGACUGGAUUCACGCAAGGUCAGCCUCUCACUGCUGCAAGCGUGAGAUUCCUCCCGCUGAGCUCCUCUUCGCGGCUUACAUGUGCGUCACACUUGGAAUAAAAGCAUUGCCCAUCCAGUUCUGUCGCACCGUACGUACCGUGUAGAGACAUCUCGUGUCAGAGCGCGACGGUCACCACGAAACAAAAGCAAGCAACCGCAAUGGCGGACAGCGCACCACCAGUCGCUGCCAAGGAGCGUCGCGAGCCCGCCGCGACCGUGGCCAAGAAGGCGGCGCUGGUUGCGAAGCUCAUCCAGACUAGCAAGCACCUGAUUGCCUUUACGGGCGCCGGGGUGUCUACAUCCGCUGGCAUCCCUGACUUUCGAGGCCCAGAUGGCAACUGGACACUGCGCGCCCAGGGCAAGCCGCGCACCAAGGCCGCGGACACGCUCAAGGCCAUCCCCACGGCGUCGCACAUGGCGCUCGUCGAGUUGCAGAACCACGGGUUUCUCAAAUACCUCAUCAGCCAGAAUUGCGACGGACUACACCGGCGCAGUGGGAUUCUGCCUGAACGCAUCUCGGAGCUCCAUGGGAACAGCAACCGCGAAACAUGCAAAGGGUGCGGCAAAGAAUACCUCCGCGAUUUCAGAGCCGUCGCGUCCUACAAGCACUCGGAUCACGACCAUCGCACGGGCAGGAAGUGCGCCCUGUGCAAUGGUGACCUACACGACAGCAUCAUCAACUUUGGGGAGGACCUUCCCGAGCCAGCCCUCUCGCUAGCCAAGGAACACGCCCGCGAAGCAGACCUCUGCCUGGUGAUUGGGAGCUCCCUGACGGUGACGCCGGCCAACGAGAUACCAGAGAUGGUGGGCGGGCGUAGGAGCGGCAAGCUGGUGAUAUGCAACCUGCAGCAGACACCAAUUGACAGUCUGUGCGAGGUGCGGGUCUUUUCAGAGGGCGACAUGUUCAUGCAGAGUGUCAUGGAACAGCUGGGACUGACCAUCCCUGGGUUCAUCCUGAGGAGGCACUUGAGCGUCAAGGUCGAGAGGCAGGAGGAGGAGCGGUACCGGGUGACGGUGGGCGGCAUCGACACGGACGGCACGCCCAUGUCUUUUCUGCAGUCAGUUCGCCUCGAGGGCAGCCGGCGUGUCGCGAGGAGCGAGCCGUUUAUGCUGCUAUGGAGGGAUCCGCUUCGGGAUGGCGACGUGCUCCAGCUGGAAUUGGAGUUUAUGGGCCAUUACAACGAGCCGAAGCUCAGAGUGGACCACGAGCAUGGCGACGAGGAUGAGACGAUUUAUGUGCUCGAGUUUGACCCACUGACGGGGGUUUGGGCUGCCAACAAGGAGAUCUGAGACGGGACGCAGGGGUAGGGACCCUGUCGACAUGGGGUUGUCUAAGAUGGCUCCGUGUCUGAACUGUGUCACAGAAAAGGGCACUUUGAAAGAAAUGGAUUCAUCAAUUCAUGGAAUUCUUCAUGCACAAGA